UCUACAACUUCUUCAAAGAAGCUAGAGGGUGGAAGUUCAAGCUCGGAUUGAAAAGCAGAGUCUCUACUUUGGGGAACUAAAAUAAAAAUAAAAAAGACACUUUAACGUACUUUCCAAAUUUACUAAUAACUUUGCGCUAGCAUGUUUUUUAUUCAUUAAACAACAGCUCAAUUAUUAACACAUUUUCUAUCCUGUUCAAACGAGUUAACGGUGAGUGACAAAGACUCUCUUUGGUUUGACGGCAGCAGAAACUCCAACCAAGUGAUGGAGGAGGAGAAAACGUGGGCAUUGGUCUCGGAGUUGGGAGGCGAGUUCGGUUACCUCGAAGAGUUGUCUGACAUCCUGAAACAACACUUCCACCUGGUGAGCCACAGGGACCUUCUACGAAACCCGGCACUCUACGGUCCCAAAAUCCAGGUCCUGUUGAUCUGGAAGUACUUCCCCGCGGCCGAGCCAUCGCUCCUCCGACUGCUUCCCUCCCUCAAAGUGGUCGCCAGCGGAGGGGUGGGCAUCGAUCACCUGGACGUGCCGUUCAUCAACAGCCUCGGGGUGAAGGUGGCCAACACGCCCGGCGUAGUCAGCAACGCGAGUGCAGAUCUCGCCAUGGGUCUGCUCCUGGCGUCGGCUCGAAAGGUCCUAGAAGGUCAUCAAAUUGCUGUUGACCCAAAGACCAUCAACCUGCCACAAAGUCUCAUGGGAGUUGAAGUCACAGGGUCGACUGUGGGGAUCGUUGGAAUGGGGGAGAUUGGUUACAAAAUUGCCCAAAGAAGCAAAGGAUUUGAAAUGAAGAUCCUGUAUCACAACAGGACCAGAAGGUGUGUGGCCGACGAGCGGGCGGUUGGAGCCAGUUACUGUCAGAGCCUGGAGGAACUGCUGAGGAGGUCGGACUUUGUCGUGAUCGCCGUCAGACUGACCCCGGCCACGGUGGGCCUCAUCGGCCACACGGAGCUGUCACUCAUGAAGCCCACGGCGACGCUGGUGAACAUCAGCAGAGGUCAAGUUGUGGUCCAGGAUGCGUUAGUCGAAGCCCUCCAGUCGGGAGGAAUCCGAGCUGCAGCGUUAGAUGUGACUCAUCCUGAACCUUUGCCGAGGGAUCACCCGCUCCUCAGCCUGCCUAAUGUCCUGAUCACCCCCCACAUCGGGAUUAAUACCUACGACACAGCGAGAGCAAUUGUGCAGCGGAUGGUAGCCAACGCCGUGGCUGCUGUGAAAGGCCGGCCCGUUCCCAACGAAGUCAAGCUGCAGUGACGCAAUCCGUGUUGAAUGUCUAAAUUCAUCAAGACAUUGCAUACAAAUGAAGGUGAUGGAGCUGAAUUAAAUUAAGUCUGUUAUGAU